AUGCCGCUGGAGACUCAGGACGCGCUGUAUGUGGCGCUGGAGCUGGCCAUCGCCGUGCUGUCAGUGGCGGGCAAUGUGCUGGUGUGCGUCGCGGUGGGCACGUCGAGCGCGCUGCAGACGCCCACCAACUACUUCCUGGUGUCCCUGGCGGCGGCCGACGUGGCCGUGGGGCUGUUCGCCAUCCCGUUUGCCAUCACCAUCAGCCUGGGCUUCUGCACCGAUUUCCACAGCUGCCUCUUCCUCGCAUGCUUCGUGCUCGUGCUCACGCAGAGCUCCAUCUUCAGCCUCUUGGCCGUGGCCGUCGACAGGUACCUGGCCAUCCGCGUCCCGCUCAGGUAUAAGAGUUUGGUCACUGGGCCCCGAGCGAGAGGAGUCAUUGCUGGCCUCUGGGUCCUUGCCUUUGGCAUCGGACUGACUCCAUUCCUGGGGUGGAACAGUAAAGACAGUGCCAUCAACAACUGCACGGAACCCUGGGAUGGAGCCACAAAUGAAAGCUGUUGCCUUGUGAAGUGUCUUUUUGAGAAUGUGGUCCCCAUGAGCUACAUGGUCUAUUUCAACUUCUUUGGGUGUGUCCUGCCCCCACUGCUCAUUAUGCUGGUGAUCUACAUCAAUAUCUUCAUGGUGGCCUGCAAGCAGCUUCAGCGCACUGAGCUGAUGGACCACUCAAGGACCAUCAUCCAGCGGGAGAUCCAUGCAGCCAAGUCCCUGGCCAUGAUCGUUGGGAUUUUUGCUCUGUGCUGGUUGCCAGUACAUGCCAUCAACUGUGUCACUCUUUUCCAGCCAGCUCGGGCUAAGGAUAAGCCCAAGUGGGCAAUGAACAUGGCCAUUCUCCUGUCACAUGCCAACUCAGUUGUCAAUCCCAUCGUCUAUGCCUAUCGGAACCGAGACUUCCGCUAUACUUUUCACAAAAUCAUCUCCAGGUAUGUUCUUUGCCAGACAGAUGUCCUCAAGAGUGGGCAUGGGCAGCCAGGGGUGCAGCCUGCUCUCGAUGUGGGCCUAUGA